AUGUCUAGAUACUUAAGAUCUAAUGCACCUCUAUUUUCUCCUGAAGAUUAUUCUUAUAUCUUACAGUGUCAUGAUAAAAAACCAAGAUAUAAAACUAUAAAUGAAUUGAUGGCUAAGUAUAAAACAUCAUCAAAACGUAUUUAUCAAUUAUGGAGAGGACAGGAAUGUUCCAUUAACCCCAUGCUUAAUACGCAAA